UAAAUUGUAUGUAGUGAUGGAAGGAAGGAGACUGCAGAACUACAAAAACAAGGGCAAUACUACAGAUGAGCUGCGGAAGCGCAGAGAAGAGGAGGGGGUCCAGAUCAGGAAAAACAAGCGCAAUGAGAUGCUGCAAAAGAGGCGGCUUUGUGCGGACCCUCCUGCCCAGCAAACUCCUCCCACUUCAAAUUUAGAUUUUUCAGAGAUGGUACAACAAAUUAUGAGCAAUGAUCCAGGGUUACAGCUCGUCGCGACUACUAAGUUUAGAAAGAUUCUAAGUAAAGAAAAAAGUCCACCAAUUGAAGAAGUUAUAAGAACGGGGGUGGUUCCGAUUUUAAAAGACUUUUUAAUGUGCGAAAACAACAUGACACUACAGUUUGAAGCAGCAUGGGCCUUGACGAACAUAGCCUCUGGUAGUUCCCACCAAACAAGGACUGUCAUAGACUGCGGUGCUGUCCCUAUAUUUAUUCGCUUGUUGGAAUCUCCUUACGAGGAUGUCAAGGAGCAGGCCAUCUGGGCGCUGGGUAACAUAGCUGGAGAUAACCCCGAGUGCCGUGAUAUCGUUAUAGACGCUGGUAUUGUUGAUCCGCUUCUUAACAUUCUGAAAACUGCGCAGAAGUUGUCAAUGUUGCGGAAUGCUACCUGGACCAUGUCUAAUUUGUGCAGAGGGAAGAAUCCAUCACCUAAUUUUCCAAAGGUAUCACCUUGUCUGCCCGUGUUAGCAAGGCUGUUGUACAAUAACGACGAGGAAAUACUCACUGACACUUGUUGGGCACUAUCUUAUCUAAGUGACGGCCCUAACGAGAAGAUACAAGCAGUGAUAGAUGUGGGAGUGUGUAGGAGACUAGUGGAACUGUUGGUGAACCCUCAGUAUAAGAUAAUUACACCAGCUCUAAGAACUGUCGGUUCCAUCUGCACUGGAGACGACGUUCAAACUCAGGUUAUAUUGAACUGUUCUGCGUUACCAUGUUUACUACAUUUGUUAGCAUCGUCAAAAGAGAACAUCAGAAAGGAAGCCUGUUGGACCAUUUCUAACAUCACCGCCGGAAACAAAUACCAAAUCCAGGCAGUGAUAGAAGCAGGAAUAAUCCCUCACUUGGUUGACAUACUACAGAACAGUGAAUUUAAAACAAGGAAGGAGGCAGCAUGGGCUAUCAGUAACGCCACUAGUGGAGGGUCUCUUGAACAAAUCAAGUAUCUAGUAAACCAACAGUGUAUAAAGCCCUUGUGUGACCUGUUGAACGUUAACGAUGGUAAGAUAAUCCACGUGGCUCUAGACGGACUGGACAACAUUUUGAGGGCAGGACAGGAGGAAUUCCAGAGUGAUGCCAACCUUACCUCUAACCCUUACUGUAUUCUCAUCGAGGAGGGAGACGGUCUGGAAAAGAUUGAGUAUCUGCAGAAUCAUGAGAAUCAGGAAAUCUACAAGAAGGCGUUUGACAUUGUCGAGAAAUACUUUAGCGGUGACGAAACGGAUGCAGCAUUGGACCCACAGAUCACUGGACAACAGUACACAUUUAAUCCGGACAUACAACAGCCACCGGGUGGUUUCACUUUCUAAAAUUCCGAAGCUUCCUUAAAUUAUUUUUUCUAGAUAAUUGAUAAACUAGUAAAUUAUUUGGGCAUGAUGUCUCUCUUUUUAAAUUUUGUCUGAUCUUUGAAACCGUUAUAUCUUUGCCGCUGAAAUGAUCAAGGCGAGCGUUAUCAACUCUGGUUUUAAAGCGCUUGAUUAUUUUUAUAAAUUUGGGCUGAGAAAUGUAUGUAUUCUGUACUAUAAAAGUAAGAUCCAGAUAACUUACAUUAUCUACCAUUGCGAUAUGAAAUCGAAAAUUUGGCAUCCCUGCGUUCUGGGGUUUGUUUGUUAUGAAAACAUGAGUUGUUUUUAGCGUAAAUUCCUUUAAAAUCGAACAUGGCAUUUUUUACUGAGACCGGUGAUUUCUAAUAAUGUAAAUGGCUGAAAAUUUUGUAGUCAUUUUGUACGAGGAAGCCCCAGAAUCUUUGCUGACUUAAGUUUGUGUUAAAAUUUUAUUCAGUGCAUAAAUUUUCCAUUCUAAUGUUUCAA